AUUAAGGGGCUAGUGUGUUUCUCUCUCCCUGUCAAUAAUCUAGGCUCCCAGACUUCUCCGUUUCUCCGGAUUUCGAUCCCCCUUUUUCUAUCUGUCAAUCAGCGCCGCCUUUGAACUGAAAAGCUCUCAGUCUAACUUCAACUCACUCAAAUCCGAGCGGCACGAGCUCCUUCUAUAUCUACGGCUUCCUCCCCCCUCCCUUUUGCUCUUUAUAUCUGACUUGUUGUUGUUGGUGUGUUUUUUUACCCCCUUUUUUAUUUAUUAUUUUUUUUGCACAUUGAUCGGAUCCUUGGGAGAGAGAGAAAAAAGGAACCCAAACUCACGCGUGCAGAAGGAGAAGAGAUUCCCCCCCCUCCCCUCCCCUCCUCCCUCUUUUCCCCUCCCCAGGAGAAAAAGACCCCAAAUCAAAAACUUCACCUUGGACUCUUUUUCUUGCAGAUUUCUUUUUGGCAAAACUUUUUUUUUGUGAUUUUUUUCCCCCGUUUUUCCCCCCUUUAUUUUUCUUCCAAAAUUGCUGCUGGUGGGUGAAAAAAAAUGCCGCAGCUGAACGGCGGUGGAGGAGAUGACCUAGGCGCCAACGAUGAGCUGAUCUCCUUCAAAGACGAAGGGGAGCAGGAGGAAAAAAUCUCGGAGAACUCCUCGGCCGAGAGGGAUUUAGCUGAUGUCAAAUCGUCCCUAGUCAAUGAAUCAGAAACGAAUCAAAACAGCUCCUCAGAUUCCGAGGCGGAAAGACGGCCCCCGCCUCGAUCCGAAAGUUUCAGAGAUAAAUCCAGAGAAAGUUUAGAAGAAGCCGCGAAGAGGCAAGAUGGAGGGUUGUUUAAGGGGCCACCGUACCCUGGUUAUCCCUUCAUUAUGAUACCCGACUUGACUAGCCCGUACCUCCCCAACGGAUCCCUCUCUCCGACGGCAAGAACAUAUCUCCAGAUGAAAUGGCCACUGCUUGAUGUUCAAGCAGGGAGCUUACAGAGUAGACAAGCCCUCAAGGAUGCAAGGUCUCCGUCUCCAGCACACAUCGUUUCUAACAAAGUUCCCGUUGUGCAGCACCCUCACCAUGUACACCCUCUUACGCCGCUUAUCACAUACAGCAAUGAGCACUUCACCCCAGGAAACCCACCUCCACACUUACCAGCCGACGUAGAUCCCAAAACAGGAAUUCCACGACCUCCACAUCCACCAGAUAUAUCUCCCUAUUACCCGCUAUCACCUGGCACCGUAGGACAAAUCCCCCAUCCGCUAGGAUGGUUAGUACCACAGCAAGGUCAACCAGUUUACCCAAUCACAACGGGAGGAUUCAGGCAUCCCUAUCCAACAGCUCUGACUGUCAAUGCUUCCAUGUCAAGCUUUUUGUCUUCUAGGUUUCCUCCUCAUAUGGUCCCGCCACAUCAUACUUUACACACAACUGGAAUUCCUCAUCCAGCCAUAGUCACACCAACAGUUAAACAGGAAUCUUCCCAGAGUGAUGUUGCCUCACUCCAUAGCUCGAAACAUCAGGACUCCAAAAAAGAAGAAGAAAAGAAAAAGCCCCACAUAAAGAAACCUCUUAAUGCAUUCAUGUUGUAUAUGAAGGAAAUGAGAGCAAAAGUUGUAGCAGAAUGUACAUUGAAAGAAAGCGCAGCCAUCAACCAGAUCCUUGGUCGAAGGUGGCACGCGUUAUCCAGAGAAGAGCAAGCUAAAUACUACGAGCUCGCAAGAAAGGAACGACAGCUUCACAUGCAACUCUAUCCAGGCUGGUCUGCACGGGAUAACUAUGUAGGUGGCUAUGGGAAGAAGAAGAAGAGGAAAAGGGACAAGCAGCCAGGAGAGACUAAUGAACACAGCGAAUGUUUCCUAAAUCCUUGCCUUUCACUUCCUCCGAUUACAGACCUGAGCGCUCCUAAGAAAUGCCGAGCGCGCUUUGGCCUUGAUCAACAGAAUAACUGGUGCGGUCCCUGCAGGAGAAAAAAAAAGUGCGUUCGCUACAUACAAGGUGAAGGCAGCUGCCUCAGUCCACCCUCUUCAGAUGGAAGCUUAUUAGACUCCCCUCCUUCUUCUCCUAACAUGUUAGGCUCCCCUACCAGAGACUCCAAACCACAGACUGAACAAACCCAACCUCUCUCGCUUACAUUGAAACCUGACUCCCUGGCCCACCUCACGAUGAUGCCGCCGCCGCCGCCCUCUCUCCUCUUGGCUGAGAGUGCCCACAGCAAGCCCAGCUCUUUGGCUGUCUCCGCUGCCCACUGUCAGAACGGGGCCCUGGAUCUGCCGCCUUCCACUUUACAGCCGUCAGCUUCCCCCUCAUCGUCUCUAGCACAGCCGUCGACAUCUUCCUUACAUUCCCACGGUUCUUUGGCCGGGACCCAGCCCCAGCCACUCUCCCUUGUAACCAAGUCUUUAGAAUAGCUUUAGCUUUGCUAGCCCUGGUUUUGUUUGUUUUCCUUUUUGUUUUCGUUUCUUCUU